AUGCAGUCAACAGCGCAGCGGUGGAACGCAUUCUCAAGUCACACUCCUGGGUCCCUACCUCUAUCGCCUCGGUCCAAUGGGAUUCAAUAUCUUCAUGCUCUGGUGGUAGAUCUUCUACAUGAGUUUGAAAUCGGUGUAUGGAAAAUGUUAUUUAUUCACUUGUUGCGAAUUAUUGCUGCGCAUGACAAGAGCUUAAUUCAUCGAUUGGACGAGAGGUAUAGGGAAACCCCGACGUUUGGCGCAGCCACCAUACGAAAGUUUUCGUCUAAUGCUUCCGACAUGAAACGUAUGGCGGCACGAAACUUUGAGGACCUCCUCCAGGGUGAACUAGAACAUCGUACUCCAAAGGCCAGGUAUCGCCGCACCGAUCGCAAGUCAUUUGUCAAACAGUUGACUCGAAUUGAACGCCGCCAGGCUCGCAUUCGCCGUAUCGGGGACAAAAGUGUUCAUCGCCCCCAUAUCGACAUUUCUGAGUUGGCGACAAGCCCUCAUGCCCACCAUCAUAUUGGUUUGACCCAAAAGUACCCUGUGCAUAUAGGAUCGUUCUUGCGCAGCCACCAAGGAGAUCCAGCCGUCACAAAUUUUUUUUCCAAAUUGAAAGCCCAUCUAUUGCUUCGUUUUGAUACAUCAAGUAGCACUGAAGAUAACGAUAACAACACAAUAAUUAUAAAGGACGAUCGAAUGUAUCGGCAUAACAUCGCGAGGUUUAACUUCACAACCUACGAUGUUCGCAGAGGCCAAGAUGUGAUCAACCCGAGGACUCCCCAUUGUAAUGUUAUGGUUCUCCGCGCCGACACUGACAUAAGGCAUGAAGGUCACAAAUAUAUGUACGGGAAGGUAUUAGCAGUAUACCACGUCAACGUGAUUUUUAUCGGACGCGGUAUGGUCGAUUACACUCCCCAUCGAAUGGAGUUUUUGUGGAUACGUUGGUAUGCACCCAUCGAUCAGGACUCCACCUGGGAGACCCUGGACCGAGUGGACUUUCCGCCCCUAGAGGACGAGCACUCAUUCGACUUCCUUGAUCCCGCAGAUGUACUCAGGGGCUGUCACAUUAUACCUCGCUUUGACAGCCGCAAGAGACAUCUCGACGGAUUGGGUGCGUCGGCAAGUGCGGGAGACAAGGAUGAUUGGUGCGAAUAUUUUGUCAAUCGAUUUGUUGACCGCGAUAUGCUUAUGCGAUUCCAUUUCGGGCUCGGUGUUGGGCAUGUGUACUCUCACCACCUCGCUCCGCAGGCUGCAAUCCAGCAAGAUAAUAUUGCAGCGCAGUCCGCGUCCACUUCUCAUGUCGGAGAAGGUGAUGAAGAUGCCAGAAACUCUGGAGAGGAUGACGAGGAAGUUGACGAGGAAGUUGACGACGAUGAUAAUCCGAUGGUGAAUCCCGUUGAACCAUGGUAUGGCAGUAGCCAAGAAUCGCUGUUAGAACAGUACGAAGAGAUUGAAAAACGUAACGUGUCCAGAUUUAGAAGUUUCAGAGAGCCCACAGCUUUCUCGUCCAACGCUCACGACUAUAUGGAUUCAGCUGCGAUGUUUGACUCAUUUUUGUUUGACAAUCCCGGCCUCAUGCCCAACUCUGGCAAUUUCGUUGAUCUGAACGAUAUCGACUUCAUCGGUUACUUGUCUGUGGGACAUGGGCCGACGCUGUACCCUUUAUAUUGUCGACCAAUGCUACAUAUUGCAUUGACAGUACACAUCUCACUCUACGCUUACGUUCUUACAUCAAUCGUCCAUCGUUCAGUCUUCGAGACACAACAGAUGGCGGAAGUUCCUGUAUAUGUCAAUUCUUUUUACGCUGUGAAUGCUCAAAUAAAUUUUCCUGCGAAGUCCACGAGGGCAGGUCCCGAUAACCGGUUCUAUGUUGUAUAUGAUGGCGUUAGUUCUAAUGUUUCUAGCACUGUCAUUCAUCUCGCCCGCCAUCCCACAGGUUAUUACCCUUGGUCCCACGUUGACCUCACAGCCUUUCAGGCUAUAUCAGAUGCACCCAACAGUGGCAGUCUCCUGGUCAUUCCUGGUCCCGCCCUCGCGAUGCCAGGCCACGUAACUGCACCCGACGGUGCAAAUGGUGACGAACAUUCGAUACCCGGAGACCCAGCCAGUGCCCAUGCAUCCCCAACAGCGACGUCAAACUCGCCGACCAUCUUUUCCUGGAUUUCGUGCUCGGGCCAAAUGGUGCACAGCGCCCCUGCCAGUACCCAUCAAUCACAGGCAGAUGGCGGAUCAACUCGGACUUCCUCGCGACAAAAGGCGAAAAAAGCUGCUAAAGCCGAAGGAGGCCUCAAGAACGUUAUAGGGAGAUUGCCAAAGUGGAGAAAGGCCUUUGCCUACCUUCGGAUCCAGCUACGAGUAUCGGUUUGCACAGGCGAAACCGGAAACCCCCACCUGUUCAAUUUUGAAAGCCGGGCAGCAGCUAUUCAGCUAGCUUGGCCUCGUGCUCUCCAUCGGGCUAACAUCGACUCCGGUGAUUUGGAAAUGGUGAUGUCGUUUAAAACUGGCACUUACAUGACUCUUGAAAGUAUAUUGGAAUUGGCCAACCCAUCGCUUUCAGAGUUUGUCUAUGAUAUCAAGCGCCUGGCGUCUUACUCGAUCGGCGACUCUCACGGAGGCUUUGGUUUUGAUGACUUGGGUGCGGGUGUCUUAUUGAUUGACACGGUCCAAAGACUGCUCCAGCUGUUCAUCAGACCAAAGUCAAAUAUCCUGCCAAUUAGUCUUAACGGUUUUGCCUGCUUUCUCACCCAUCAGAUCUCCAAAGAGAUCAUGUGGCACAUCGUUUUCCGUCCAACUACAUCACACUCUGUUCGACUGGUGUUGGCCGAUCUAGAGCCAGCAACGUUCAGGAGUGUAGAGCAUCCACCCUUUCCGACUAUGUCUCUGCUGGGGUCCAAUUGUUACGCUGCUCUGUUGGAGAAAUAUUCGACUUUGACCAACAUACCCGUCGACCUGCUAAUUCAGUAUCCAACCCCGGCUGAGGUAUAUGAUCAGCUCUGCGAGACGGCUGUAAUACUUGUCAACGAGCACGACGACGAAGAUCACCCGGGACUCAUGUCUAGCUUGGCUAAAUUGUGCAACAUUUCGGUCACUGAAGUCCACCGACUUGGCCGAACACAUGAUUGA